CGAUUUUUGUCGUGGUGCGUGCAAAAUACCAGUUAAAGGUAUUCACUCCGCAUGUGGUUUGGUUGAAACUUGAAUGGUAAACUUCUUCUAGAGGAUUUUUUUACAUGUUUUAGUAUUUCGAAGGAUAAAUAUAAGAAAUGAGUGUACGCGUACUUGUCAGUCACAAGCAUAAGGGCACCCCCGCCGAGCACUCGCUACAAGAAAACUAUAAUUGAGAAGUCUAAAAAAUCAAUGUAGUUUGAUUCUUCCAAAUAUCUGAAGAUUGAUCAGACGACUUUUCCAUUACCACAAGGAUUCAACCUGGUAGAAGACUGAUUGACCAUGGAGAUGAUUAUUCGUUGAUUUGAUUAUAGAUUGAUCAUAUUGGUUCUCGCUCCAAACACGGGAAGCAAUCAAUGAAUGUCCCUUCUAACUAUAAUCACUCUUAUUCCUGAAUCCUCAUUUUUACUUAUAUAUAAUGCGUGGAUACUUAUUCUUAUUCCGCCACUUGCGGGUUCACACGUUUGUUGUGCACGACAAUAUGGUCGGUGGCUGCGCUAAGAAUGGCCCACCUGUAUUCCCCCAUGUUGUUGCACACCACACAGGAGCGAAUCGUAGUGCUCUCCACGCUCUCGUCACAACGAAGGUUGCCAUCGAUCUUAAUCGUGGGAGACGCAGGAGGUGUACCGCGAAAGAGUUCCGCUUGGCUACUACAUGCUCUAAGCUGCAUUCGACUUUGAAUUUCUCAUUCACGAGAAGUUCACGUUGUUUGUUUUAGUUAGCAGGUCGUGGCCCAGGACCGUUUUUGAUUCACUUCAGCAAGGGCCGCCUACACCCCUUGCGAAGACCUAUUUUGAGCUCGAAUUUUUCUAUUUUUUUAGAGCGAACUUACUUCUAAUCAUGGUAUAGAAUAAGAACUCCGUGUUCGUUAUACAAAUUUCUCUUUUUAUUUUUCGGCUGACUGAUUAAUUUACAUUACCUUGGAUAGUAUGUGAUUUCACAUGAACGAAUAUUUUUUGAACCAAACCUACCUCCUUUCACGAUUUCUUACAACUAUCGAAUCAACAAAGUUAUGAUCUUACUCCACCCCAAUAUUCAGUAUACAGCUGGCUAGUUUUGAUCUGACUUCCCUACAUGAUCAUUCAAUCACUGAGAAUCCCUUGCGGCGUUGAGAAGAUGGGAAUGGUCUCGAGUUUAAAGUUGUGGGUGAUGUUUUUGAACUAUUGUCGUAUCUGACUGCUUAGCUAUCUGAAGCCACAGCUGGAAGAUUAUAUCGCCAUGACGGACUUCUAGAUCUAUUAAUGAUCACCAAAAAAUAAGACCGUCGGCAUGAUCAGAUACGAAGAAGCCCUUGCUGUCGUAGAAGGACGAACCUUUUCCGCCCGAAUGAACUGUGCUUAGCAUGUUGGAAAGAACCGUUUUUCUUCGUUAAUUUCGCCGGUAAAAUGAGAAUGAAACAAGAAGAAGUACUGAAGUCUAGAAGAAGCCAAAGAUGAAAUUAUAGGCAAGCCUGCAAAGUAACUAGCAUAUUAGCGUUUACUAUUUAGAAGAAAUAGAGAGUCAUACCUUGACCUGAUGGAAUGAUAGCGACUGUCGUGCAGAAGAUAACAUGGCCGCGACGAAGAUUAUAUGCUUGUUCGCAAGCGACAGACUGAACAUGAGAUGGAAGACUGAAUUUAUCACGUACUGAAACCCCUAAAACGAAAACUGUCUGGCGACUGUGACGUCGCUCUUGCCGUAGCUGCCGUGCAAAAGAUGGCGCUAUCCAUACAAAAAGAUUCUAUACCCUUAAUACGCAAUCAAUCAGUCAAUCAACCAAUCAGCCAUCCAGUCCCACGCUCGAGAUUCACCUGACACAACGUGGCCAUCAAAUGGAAUCAAGAACAUGCUGUGCCGUCGGAAAAGGAACAAGAAAGUGUUACGUGAGCCUGCACCGUGAAAUCCUAAACUCAAGUAACAACUUCGGUUGCGCUAUUGCCAUUUUUCUCCUCUCUUUUUCUUCAUAUGGAGUCAUUCCCCUAGCAACCCGAUUGGAACAGAGAUUUUCGAAGUAUCAAUCGCAAAACGGAUAUUGUUAAUCUCCGAAUUCACUCCUCCUUUGUCAGGUCAUGGAUUAGAAUCCACUGCCG